AUGAAGAUUGAAGAGCUAAUUAUCGAUGGAUUUAAAUCCUAUGCGACUAGAACAGUUAUAUCUGAUUGGGAUCCUCAAUUCAAUGCAAUCACGGGUUUAAAUGGUUCCGGGAAAUCCAAUGUCUUGGAUGCAAUCUGCUUUGUUUUAGGUAUUGCAUCGAUGUCGACCGUCAGGGCAUCAUCAUUGCAAGAUCUUAUCUAUAAGAGAGGUCAAGCGGGUGUAACCAAGGCAAGCGUUACGAUUGUAUUCAGUAAUUUAGAUCCCAAAUGCUCACCGAUAGGGUUUGAAAACUCUCCAAAAUUAUCUGUCACUAGGCAGAUCAUAUUAGGAGGAACUUCCAAAUACUUGAUCAAUGGGCAUAGAGCUCCACAGCAAUCUGUACUACAAUUAUUUCAAUCGGUGCAAUUAAACAUUAACAAUCCAAAUUUUCUCAUUAUGCAGGGUAAAAUUACCAAAGUCUUGAAUAUGAAACCUUCAGAGAUUUUAUCAUUGAUAGAAGAAGCAGCAGGUACCAAGAUGUUUGAAGAUAGAAAGGGAAAGGCAGAACGUACUAUGGGUAAAAAGGAAUUGAAAUUAAAGGAGAACAGAACUCUAUUGCAAGAGGAAAUCGAACCACAGUUGGAGAAGCUGCGAAAUGAAAAGAGAAUUUUCCUAGAGUUUCAAGAAAUUCAAACCGAUUUAGAGAAAAUACAAAGAAUAGUUCUAGCUUAUGAAUAUCAUUCUUUGGUUGGCAAACAAAGUUCGAUCAAGGAAACAUUGGAUACAGGUGAAAGCCGUAUGGCUGAGCUUCACGGUUUGAUUAGCAAGACAGGAGAAGAAGUAAUGCAUUUGACUGAAGACCUAAAUCGGAUCAAUUAUGAAAAACAAAAGGAAUUGGACAGUGAUGGAAAAUUAGGAAAGUUGGAAAAACAAGAAAGUACUCUUAUGAAUAAUUUAUCAAGGCUUCGUGCAUCGUUUGACAUCUGUGUGGAAAACAUUAAUGAGACCGCGAAGAAUUUGGAAUCUACGAAGGCAAAUAUCAAAACCAACAAAGGGAAAUUAGAAGAAAAAUCCGAAGCCUGGAAGAAUAUGGAAGCAGAAUACCGGCACCUCAACAAGAAGGGGAAGGAGUUAAAAGAGUCACACAGUAAAAAAUCAGAGCUGUUGUCCACUCUUCAGACGGGUAUUUCCUCUGUCGGUACCACAGGUGGUGGUUAUACUGAACAGUUAGCCGCUACGAAGGGAAAUUUACAAGAGGCUGAAAUUGUUGUACAAAAAUCUCGUUUGAAAAUUGAGCAUUUGAAUAAGGAACUGCAUGCCAAUAAACCUAAAUUGGAAAAGGCCAGGAUGGAUAACGAAGAAGGUUUGAACCAGAUCAAAAAGCACAAAUCAAUUCAGGAUACAUUUACAGAGGAAUUGAAUAGAUAUGGUUACGAUCCAUCUGUUGUAAAGGAAUUGAGACAAAAAGAAUAUUCUAUGCGACAAGAAUUACACAACGUGGGGAGAGAAACAGAAUAUCUACGAAGAAGUGUGGCUAACAUUGAAUUCAACUAUACAAUGCCUAGCGAGAAAUUUGAUCCAAAUUCAGUCAAGGGUGUUGCAGCCCAACUUUUCACUCUAAGUGAAAAUAAUUACGAUAGUGCAUUGGCACUUCAAGUUUGUGCAGGUGGUCGACUAUUCAACGUAAUUGUGGAUGAUCAAAAUACGGCUUCACAGUUAUUGGAAAGGGGUAAAUUGAGGAAGCGUGUCACAAUAAUUCCUCUUAACAAAAUUGCGACUAGGGUUAUAAAUUCAGAAAGUCUAAAAUUAGCGAAACAACUGGCACCAGGUAAGGUUCAACUGGCACUUAACCUAGUUGGUUACGAAGAAGAGGUAUCCAAAGCGAUGGAGUACAUUUUCGGUAAUAGUUUGGUUUGCAAUGAUGCCGAAACUGCCAAGAGAUUAACUUUCCACCCUCAAAUACGCACCAGAAGUAUCACUCAACAGGGUGAUGUUUAUGAUCCAGAAGGUACUUUAUCAGGGGGAAGUCGCAACAAUAAGAGUACUUUGUUAGUUGAUAUACAAAAGUAUAACUCGGCGGCUAAGAGAAUGAAAGUUUUGGAAGAUGAGUUACUUGUAAUUUCUAACAAACUGAAAGAACAAGAAUCGGCAUCCGCCAAAACCAAAGAAAUACAGAAUAAGCUGAAUCUGGUUUCUCAUAAAUUAAGCAUCUUCCAAAGAACCUUGAAUGAAAAUCCUGCGACUCAAAUUAUCAAGAGGAAUGAUGAUUUAACGAGGCAGAUUAGGGAGUGUGAGGAAGAAAUAGAGCAAAAGCAAUCGUAUAUGUCACAAUUACAGGAUGAAAUUCGAAAAAUUCAAGACGACAUGGAGGAAUUCAAUAACGAUAAGGGAACUAAAUUGGAGAAACUAAAGAAGGAAAUUGACAGUCUUACCAAAGAAAUUGGAAAACUUGAUAGCAUAACAGAUAAAAAAUAUGAUCUCUACCAGAACUUGCAGCUGGAGACUGAGCAGUUAACUUCUGAGAUCUCCUCAGAUGAAGACGCUCUAGAACAUAUGAAUACCUCUCUCGACAAUUUUCAGAACCAAAAGAAAAGCUUGAUUGCUGAACUUGAACAUGCGGAGCAUACACUAGCGGAUGUGCAUUCCGAAGUUGAUGAGGAGAAGAAACGUUUGGUUGAUAUUGAUGAAGAACUAAAAGAAUUAAACGGCCUUAUCCAUGCUAAAGCAGAAAAGAAAUCUUCCCUGGAGUUAGAAUUGCAGCAAUUGAAAAAUGAUAUUACUAAAUUUCAAAACAGUACUAGUGGCAUUGAACAAAGUAUAAGUCAACUUCUUGAAGGUCAUAGCUGGCUUAUGGAUGAAGCAGUAGUAUCAGGUAUCAUACAACAAAAUCCGAAUAUCAAUUUGCACCGAUAUAGAGAUCGCGAAGGGUUCUUAAAAGAGAGAUAUGAUAACUUGAAGAGAAAAGUUAAUAUCAAUAUCAUGAGCAUGAUAGAAAAUGUGGAGAAAAAGGAGACUGCAUUGAAAACAAUGAUUCGAACAAUUGAAAAGGAUAAGGAAAAGAUCCAAGAAACUAUCUUCAAGUUGAACGAAUACAAGAAAGAAACACUAGUAAAUACAUGGAAGAAAGUUACAGUUGAUUUUGGUGAAGUGGUAGCAGAUUUAUUACCUAAUGCUUUUGCAAAGUUAGUACCAUGUGAGGGAAAAGAAGUUACUGAGGGACUUGAAGUUAAAGUUAAAUUGGGAGGAAUUUGGAAAGAAAGUUUGGUGGAAUUAUCUGGUGGUCAAAGAUCACUUAUUGCACUUUCACUAAUUAUGGCCCUUUUGCAAUUUAGACCGGCUCCAAUGUACAUCCUAGAUGAAGUAGAUGCGGCCUUGGAUUUGAGUCAUACUCAAAAUAUCGGGCAUCUCAUCAAGACGAGAUUUAAGGGAUCUCAAUUUAUCGUCGUAUCUUUGAAGGAAGGUAUGUUCUCCAAUGCGAAUAGAGUGUUCAGGACGAGAUUCCAAGACGGUACUUCCGUAGUUAGCAUUAUGUAA